AUGAUUUCUCUUAGAAAAGUUAAUGCAUUUACAAAAUUAGUAAGAUUUUCUAAUAUACAGUCCUCAUCUAGAAAUUAUUGUUCUGCACUUUUUAUUUCUGGCAAUAAAGCUUUUGUAACAUUUUCCUAUCUUUGUCCAUAUCUCGAUUUUGACAGUAGAUUUAAUGAUUUAGAAAAAUUGAAGAAAGAACUUUUUUUAAGAGGAUUAAAAAUUAAUGCUGACGAUUUAAAAGUGACUUGGGAAUUUUAUAAACGUUUAGAGAGAGAUAGAUGGACGUUGGAAAAUCGUAGAAUAGAAUUUCAUGAAACUAUUUCCAAUUUAAUGAAAAAAGAGGAGCGUACUCAAAAAGAUGAAGAAGAAUUAAUUGCUUUGAAGGCGCAAAUAAAAAUUUUGAAAGAUGAUUUAAAAAUAAUUAAAGAAUCAAUAUGGGAUGUUGAAGAAACUGUAGUUAUAAGGGCUCUUAAAUUACCAAAUAUAUUGGAUGAAAGAACACCAGAAGAGAAGUCUGUUAUUUUAAAAAUUGUAGGUGAACCUGUUGAUAUUUUGCCAGAAAGCAGAAAAAAUCAUCUCGAUAUUGGAAAUAAUUUUGGUGUUCUAGAAUACAUAAAUCCAUUGCAAUAUUAUUUAUGUAAUGAAGCAGCACUUUUUGAACUUGCAACUUUUACAUUUUGUGGAGAGAUUCUUAGCAAGGAUGCAAUUCAAAUUGCAGGUUCCGACUUUUGUCGUAGUCUUGUAGUGGAAGGUUCAGGUUUGAGUUACAACGAUCCAAAUGAAUCGUUUAUUCUAUCGAGUGAAGCUGACUCUGUGAAAAAUUCACUAAGUCGAUUACACCUCGUAGGCGGAGCGAGUCUCAUGUCAUUUCUUUCUUGGCAUGCAAAACAGAUAAUUGAACGGAAAAAUGUUCCCCUACGAUAUUUCACCAUCGGAAAGCAAUAUACGCCAAUGCCUAAAAAUUUACAAUCAAUGGGCCUUUUCACCGUGUGUCAAUCAUCUUCUGUGCAUAUUUUCUCGAUAAUUCCAGAGAUGAAAAGUGAAAAGUACAAACUUGAAUUCGACAGCAUAAUGCAGAAGGCAAUAGAAAUUUAUGACAAACUUGGAAUUCACUACAGAGUUGUGGAGAGAUCCGCAUCUGAAUUACGAUCAUGGGAGAGUUAUAAAGUUUCAUUUGAGCUUUGGUCUUCAUUUCAUCAGCAGUAUGUCGAAGUUGGAUUUAUUUCGGCUUAUGGCGAUUUUAUCAGUAAACGUUUAAUGAUUGCGAGCAAUGACGCAAGUUGUAGAAAUCAAACGUUUCCAGGCAUAAUUUCUGGAAUGAUUGUCUCUGUACCAAGAUUACUUGCUUGUUUGUUGGAGCAAAAUCCAGAUAAACUGGAAAUUCCUCUCAUUAUACAGUCGUACAUUGAAAGAGACUUUUCUAUUGUAUAGUAAGCAAGAAAAAUUUCUACUAUAAAUUUAAGAGAAUAUUGUUAAAAUUAGAAAAUUACUUAAAUGAAAGACAUAAUAUUGUAUUUGUCUUAAAGUGUUUUAUUUUACAAUAAAAUAAUUUACUUUGAAAUUA